AUUCAUUCAUUGCAAAGGAAGCGAACCCUCCUUCCCCUUCCUGUCGUGCACUCUUCUUCCUCCUUCCCCCAAAUAUCCACAAAGAAGGCAGGAGGACCAAACCCUAGCCGCCGCCCCGAUCCGAUGGCGCCGUCCCCGUCCCCGCCGCCGCCGGCGAGCGGAGCGCAGUACGCGCACCAGUUCCUCAACACCGCCCUCUCCCAGCGGGGACCCUCGGCGCUCCCCUACGCGGAGGACGUCAAGUGGCUCAUCCGCAACCACCUCGUCGCCCUCGCCGACGCCUUCCCCUCGCUCCACCCCAAGGCGGCCCUCUUCACCCACAACGACGGCCGCGCCGCGCACCUGCUCCAGGCCGACGGCACCGUCCCCAUCCACCACGCCGGCGCCACCUACAACCUGCCCGCCGUCAUCUGGCUGCCCGAGACCUACCCGCGCUCCCCGCCCCUCGUCUUCCUCUCCCCCACCCGCGACAUGCUCAUCAAGCCCCACCACCCGCUCGUCGACCGCUCCGGCCUCGUCGCCAACGCGCCCUACCUCCGCUCCUGGGUCUUCCCCUCCUCCAACCUCCUCGACCUCGUCAGAUCCCUCUCCCACCUCUUCGGCCUCGACCCGCCGCUCUUCACCAGAUCCGUCGCAGCCCCGUCUCCCACUCCUCCUCCCGCUCAUCCUGCUCCUCCUCCCGCCGCCGCCGCCUCCCCCGCCAUGCGCCCCGAGGCCGUCUACGCCCCUGUCCCUCGCCCAUACAGGUUCCCGGCAUCGCCCCAGCUCGCCGCGCGCCAGCCGCCCACAGAGGACCCAGCCGAGGUCUUCAAGCGCAACGCCAUCUCCAAGCUCGUCGAUACCGCCUAUGCUGACGCUGCCGCUCUGCGCACCGCCCGCGAGGCCGAGGUCGACUCCCUCUUCGCUGUGCAGGCCGAGCUGCGUGGCCGGGGGGAGGCGGUGAACGACGGGGUGCGCAGGAUCACGGAGGAGAAGGAGACGCUCGAGCGUCGGCUUCAGGAUGUGGUGAUGGCCACUGACGUCAUUGAGGCCUGGGUUGCCGAGAACCGCAAGGGGGCUGCCGAUGGCACCACCGAGGUGGAGGGGGCCAUCCAGCCAGCCGACGUGCUGUCCAGGCAGAUGCUUGAGUGCACAGCUACUGAUUUGGCGCUUGAGGACACCAUCUACGCGCUUGACAAGGCUGUUCAGGAAGGAUCGGUGCCAUUCGAUGGCUACCUUAGGAGCGUGCGCGCACUUGCACGGGAGCAGUUCUUCCAGCGUGUCCUCUGCACCAAGGUUAACAAUGCGCAACAGCAGGCGCAGGUCGCUAGGAUGGCGGCACGGGCACCACAGUACGCCUCCUAGCCAAGAUGAUGGAUAGGCGAUCAAGGAUGCUUUCCUUGAGAAAAAGAAUCAUCUGUGCUAUCUCAUAUGAGUGAUCUUGCCCCCACAGUGUUCUGGAUAUACAGGUGAACAUCAUUCCUGUUUUUAUUCUUUCAGUCAUCGCACAUGUGCAGUGCAUCUUUCUGAAUAUCUAUACACAAGUUUUUUGUCAGACUUUUAGUUGUGAAAGAAUUAGGUAUAACUACAUUUUAGAAAUAUUGGAAGAUGCUCGACCUUUUUGUCUUCAGUUUGAUGGUACAGAGCGUGUUCUUUCUUUUGCCAAAUGUGUGAGGGCGAACAGAAACUGCAACAGCCCACUUGGAUAUCAGGGUAGAAAUGGUUGUGCAGAUCAAAACUGCAUGCAGGGAUAAGGAAUGAUGUGCAUAAUCGUAAAUCUGUAUGAUGGUAGGCUGCACUUUAGGACUGACAUCUCCAGUUGUUUUCAGAUCUGAUUGAUUUUCAAGUUUUUGUGCAAUAUAUCAAACAAAUGUGCAUUUACUACUCUUGCAGUCAGAAUUGAGUUGUGAGAUUUAAGCCAUCUUAAGUUGUCAGUAGAAUAUUGGUGUUUAUAGGGUAAAUGGCAGAAUUGCUUCCUGCUCCAUUGCAACUCUGGCCAACCUUAACCUGAACUUUGAAGUUUGAAGCUCCAUACAACACCUAUAGUUAGCUAAAGGCUUGAUAGACUAUGGGUCCGGGUCACUGAAUUUCAUUGUAGUCACAAGUUGAACUCUGCCAUUAAGAUAUACUCCCUCCGUCCGGAAAUACUUGUCGAAGAAAUGCAUAAAAUGAAUGUAUCUAGAACUAAAAUAUGUCUAGAUACAUCCAUUCCUACGACAAGUAUUUCCGGACAGAGGGGGUAUUUGAAAACAAGAUUUGAUAUAAUUAUUUCCAAGCUUGAUUAAAAGCAUCAACAUUCUUACAAGACUUCAGAAAUACUCCCUCCAUUCCAAAAUAAGUGUCGUGCUUUUAGUUCAAAAACCAUGACACUUAUUUUCAAACGGAGGGAGAGUAGUAAAUAAGACUCGCAUCGCCAAUUUAUGUCAAUUGUCAUGGCAUGGGGUCAUGGUGCAUGCUGAUGUUCCACUCUCGGACAGAGAGUGCAAGCACAGUGUAACAUCACAACAUUUCACAUGAUUGAAUUUCUAGAAGACCUUUGAAAUGCACUUUUCAGUUUUGAGUUGGACAUGAUGGUGGAAUCUGUUAAUGUGGCGAUUAAGUGUGUUCAGGAGCUGAUAGAAAAAGCAAGACACUUAUCAAACCAGCAUGCAUAAUGCAUUGGGUGUGUAUUGUAGUUGUCUUGUUCAAGACGGACCCAGUGUUCAGGACGUUUUUACUUGUAUGAACAGUGGUUUUAUCGGUGCGUUCAUUGGGGUUUACAAGAAGUCCCACUCAGCCAGGCCUGGACAUUUGCUGUUCCAGACGUUUUACCAGAAAAUAUAUUCCUUGGGCUUGGUACAAUUGUGCUUGAUCUGAGGCCAGCUCCACAUCUGUUUAAAUCUGUACCCAUAUCCUGACCUGAAGUAUGUGCAGAUACUGUUUUUUUUAAUUAAUCCUGUACCCCAGCCCUAAGAUUCUAAUAAUAAUUGUCUCAUUUGUCAAUCAAUUGCAAGCAUAUGGCUUCUCAUGUGGUCAUGUGGAGCUUUACAUAUUUAAGUUUAAAUGGCACCGAGGCACAGCAAUGCAUGUGUUCUUCCUUUGUUUGAGAAAAAGCGUCUAAUUUGAUGAGGAAAAAAAAUAGCCUAUUAAGAACAGAAACGGUUCAGUGCAAUGUACUCUUCAGAACAGAAACGGUGCAUGUUUGAUUUCACUUACCAUUUUCCUUGGACCCUCGCAUAGAUUUUAUGUUUGGAAAAUAGCCUAUUAAGAUUAAACUAUCAUUGUUUCACCGCAGGGCUGCAACAUUGUUCUUCUUGAAAAGUUCCAGACUAAACUGUACGUGUACUGGUAGGUUAUUUAUAUGUUAAGCUGCAUUUUCCUUAAUACUAUUACUCACAAUGUUGCAUAUCUGCAUUGCCAAACCUCUAUAUUCGAUUAACAGAUUUCCUGGUACGCCGGACUUUGGAAUGCCGCAUGAUUAAUUCCACAUUGGAACGCUGAGCAUGUGAACUUCAGCUUCUUAGUAUUUUCUCAACCUGGUCAUAUAUACUUUAUACUACCUAUGUUAGCAAACUCUCAUUUUUGAAUGGUUAUUAGUGCUGCUCUACGGAAAUAAUAGGUUGGUGCUGCAAUAGGCUUUCAGAUUAUGUCCUUAUUUGUCUAAUAUAUGCUAGAAAGAAGGAAUUUUCUGAAGAAUGCUUGAAAUGCAGAGUUCAGCAAACAAAUGACAAUUAUUUGUCCCCUUGGGAAGCUCUCACACAAUCGGGCAACUCGAUCUCUACGACGCCAAAAGAACAUCAUUUAUUGAGGAUCUGCGUCACACAGAGGAUCAGACUCAUAGGGUUACCCAGCCAAAAAACUCUGAUGAAGUAUGAGUAUUGCUUCGUCAGUGUGGUAAGCAAAGAUGAGAGUAUUGGCUCAUCAGUGUAGGAUCUGUUUCUCUAUAAACUUGGUCAAACAUAGUAAUUCUUGUCGACGAGGAUUUCUAAAGGUCAAACAUAGUAAUCUUUGACCAAGUUUAUCGAGAAAA